UGUGUUCAAUCUGUCUUUCUAGGUGUUUUUAUUUAGUGUGGUUUUCAUGACUUUUAACCACAUGCAUUAUAAUGAUAAAUGUGUUGUGUCUAAAAAAACGAAAAUACCGAAGAAAAAGAACGUCCACGAGGACAAGACAGUUAAGUGUGUAAGAAAUCUGAAAAGUCCAGCACGAGUGUUGCCGCAGUGUAGAGGACCGCCUCCAAGCUUGCAAAGUGGCCGCGGCGUCUUUUGCAAGGGGCCCAACCAAGUGUGCUUGCCCUGAAUUUCCCCGUUACUCUUUGGCGCUUGUCUCCGGGUGCGGGCGGCGUUUCCUUGUCCUCCAUUCCCGCUUUUGUUCCAUCGCUUUCCUUAAUUCGGAUCCCCACCCCCUCACCUUCGUGUAGUUGCAACCCCCCCCCCCCUCCUUAUUUUCGACUCUGAAAGUGGGGUUAGUGUGGUCUUGUCUCCCCAGAACCCCCACCUUUCCCGAUGUAAAGUCCUCUUCUCAGCAUCCUUGAUUUUCACCCUUAUUCCCACCCUGGCGACGGACAAGUGUGGCGGGGAGGGUUGAGGGGAAAGUGUUCACCUCGUACAUGAAUGGACCCUGUGCCCUCUUACAAAGUGUGCCUGAUGCUCCUUGUUCACCCUGGACCCUUGCUGGCUCACCCUGGGUCAAAUUUGACUCACCUUGGGACGUUCACACACCCUUGGCCGUUCUUGACUCAGCCUCAGGAAUGUGCCUUAGUUUUCAACACCUCGCCGACCUUUUUAGUUGUCGGACAGGGCAACGCCACAACGACAGCGAAGAUGAUGUCUCCACGCUCGGCAAAGGGCAGGGCAAGCUCGCCGACGCCACCAGAUUCGAGGACGCAGCGACCCUGCAGUCAGGCUGGUCUCCUCCUCAAUACUAUGGUCAAGAUAGCCAGCCCUCGGCAGGCGUUAAGACGCUCAAGGAGGAGAUCAACGUCGCCGAAACCGAGCGCGCCAAGAUGGGCCGCCAGGCAGUUAAAGAAAACGGAAGCGCUCACGAAGGGGUGGAAGGGGAAACUGUAGAAAACAUUGUCGCGCUCGAGAAGAAAGAGAAGGCUGACUUGAUCGUGAGCGAGAGCGUGGUGCUCAAGGAUUCCUCGAAGGAAAAAGACCAGGAAAAGAAACCAGACGGUACAAGUUACUAUGCCUCCGUGAGCAGCAGCACCAGCGUCGUUAGCAGCAGACUGGACGAAUUGAGAGGAGGAAGGAAGCCGUGGGGCCAGUCCAAGGAGACAACGGAGGAAGUGAACAUCAAGCUGAAGGAGUCCAUCUCAGGCGGGCAGACAACCACGACGGCGGGUACCUCGCUGGCAACGACGGUGACCGCGGAGGUCCCCGAAAAAAGAGAUUUCCGAAAAGAAUUCGAAGAGAGACGAGAGAGAAGGCGACAGCAGAGAGAAGCAGAAGAAGAGGAGGAGAGGGCGAGAAUUGCGAGAAGAGAGGAAAGCCGGAGGAAGAGGGAGGAAGCGAGUGAGUUAAGAAGAAAAGAGGAACUCGAGAAUAGAAAGAGAGAAGAGGCGAAGAGAGAAGAAGCAAGAAGAUUAAGAAAGGAGAGAAGUGAGGAGAGAGCGAGGGAAAAGAGUGAAGACCGAAAGAGCGAAGGGGAGAGAGAGAGGAGCAAGGAAAGACGAGGAGAGCGAGAGAGAGAAGGCAGUAAGGAGAGGCAAGAUGUGGAGAGAGAGGGUAGCAAGGAAAGACUCUUGGAGGGAGAAAGAGAGAGGAGUAGGGACCUCAGGAGAGAGGUCAGACCGAGAGAGAGGAGCGGGGAAGGGAAAGAAAGAUACAGAAGAGAAGAGAGAGCAAGAGAGAGUAGCGAGGAGAAGGUGAGGUCGCCCAGAAGGGAGAAGGAGACGAAAGCUAAAGAGGCGAAAGAUGUCAAGAGAGAGAAGGAAGAGGAAGAGGCGAAGAAGGAGGCAGAAGAGGCUAAGGAAACACCCACCAAGGAUACGGAGGAGGAAGAGCUCGCCCCCGCCCCCUCAGAGGUGCCGCCUCCCGCCCUUCCGAGGACACACGCCCCACGCCCAGGCAGCUGCGGAGCCCGUCGACGCCGCCUUCCCCGCCCCCGAGAGCGAGAAGGGUGCGGGAGGCGACGCGGAGACCGUGGUAGUGGGCGGAGUCGUGAGCGCCCUGAAGGCGGAGACCGUGUACGUGUCGAGCAGCGAGGACAUCUCCCUCCACGACGACUCGAGACGCGACCUCUCUGUCCUCGAGGACCCCAAGGGAGACCUCACCCUUCUGGACGAGGCCCAGGGCGAGCUCCCCCGCCAGGAGGACUCCGAGGCCAGUCCUCCCGAGCCAGUGCCCGAGGUGGAGGUGAUCGUCUCGACGGUCGAGGACGAGAGCGAACUCCCGGAGGCGCAGCAGGAGGCAGUCGAGGAGCAAGUGGGAGAGCCGUUGGGAGAAGGCGCAGAAGAGGCGGAGAAGGAGGCGCAGGAGGAAGCAAACGGGAAGGAUGAGCAGGAGGGCGAGCUCGAGUCCCCUGUGAAGAGAGAGCUGUUUCCCGACGUGGUGUCCGAGUGCGAGGGGCGAGAGGCGGACCCUCCCGUGAAGAGGGAGGGCUUCCGGCCCAAGUGGGCGGAGCCGGGAGCGCCGCUGCCUGAGGAGGCGGUCAUCGCGGAGAUGGAGGUCGAGGGGCGACCCGAGGCGGCCGAGCUGAGCGACGUGAUCUCGCCCCCUCUCAGCCCGCGGGCGCAGUCACUGGCCGCGCUUGACGCCCUCAUCCACGGCCACCCACAGGGCGCGAACGCCCACGACCAGGCGCCACCCACCAGCCCAAGCGCCGCCCUAGAGCCGCCCCCGCCGAUCCUAGACGACGAGGAGGAGAUCGUGUACGACCACACCGUCACUUCGGCGCAGCACAAACUGCAG